AUGGAGACUGAAGAUGGCUACAUGAUUCUGAAUUGCAAGAAUCGUUUCAAACUCAAACAGAAAUCUAAAGAUUUCUCAUGGUAUUUACAAUAUUACUAUCUUAUGGUGAUAUUUGCAUGUAUUGGCAUUCUGAUUUUCAUGAGCACAUCUGGCUUCAGCUUUUGGAAAAAUAAAUCUACAUGCCCAUGUGACUGGCAGUUGAACCAAGGGAAAUGCUACAGGUUUCUAACUUCUUCUAAAACUUGGAACGAGAGUCAACAUGAUUGUAUGAAGUUACAGGCUCAUUUGCUGGUGAUUCAGAGUUCUAUGGAGCUGGAGUUCAUAUAGAUGAAUUUAAAACUUGGACAACCGGGUUGGAUAGGACUAUAUUUUAUUCCAUCUCAAGGCAACCAAUGGAUGUGGAUAGAUAAACAUCCUUUUGUGGAGCAAACUAAUUUGCUUGUAAUUGGACCAAUGGAUAACAUGAGCUGUGCCGUCAUAACAGGAAAGCAGAUAUAUUCUGAAGACUGUAACACCAAAUUUAGUGCCAUUUGCCAGAGAGAUGCUGUCUAA